AUGUUCCUGGAGCCCUCGCUACCUCGGGUUGGGGUGCUUGUGGCACUCCCAGUCAUCUACUGGAUUGGUUGGGUCGUCUAUGCACGCACAUUACAUCCCCUCAGCAGAAUCCCCGGGCCUUUCCUUGCGACGGUAUCACGGUUGUGGUACAUGUUGAAGAUUUGGACCGAGGACGUCGAAAAAGAUGAAAGAGCCCUUCAUGAGAAAUAUGGUCCACUAGUCAGACUGGCACCAGACGAGAUCUCAUGCUCAGAUCCUGAGGCAUUUGCGGACAUUUAUCGCUUUUCCAACGCGUUGGAUAAAGCCCAAUUCUACGAGCCCUACAAUACAACCGGUUUCAGCCCUCACGGCGAUGUCUUCUCUUGCAAGAGCGACAAGAAGCAUGGCCAAAGGCGAAGGAUCACGAGCAGUGUAUACUCCAUGAGCAAUGUUUCCAAGUCCGAGCAAUACAUCGACACUUGCAGCGACCUCUUGACCGAACGCUUGGGACAGUACGCUGACUCAGGAAAGCCCUGUGAUAUCGGAGAAUGGCUGCAUUGGUACACCUUUGACAUCAUUGGUGAACUCUUCUAUGGCCGAGCUUUUGGAUUCGUUGAUGAGGGAAAGGACCAAAAUGACUGGAUCAAGUCUCUCGACAAGAUGAUUCCCUUCGUCUGCCUGAUGGGUGUGGCGCCGCCGAUCCUGCGCCCUUUCGUUGGCAUUGGAUGCAUGCUCACAUCUGCAGGCAAGGAGAUUGCCAAGGGAGUAAAGAACAUUGGCGAGUCUUCUGCACGCCUCAUGAAGGAUGCGUAUGAGUCGCGCCUCGAGGCCCCCAGAAACGACAUGGCACAGCAGGUCUUCUCCAUCUACGAGAAGAGUGGUGAGAAGUUCGACUACCGCUGGGGAGAUGUUGAGCAAGAGUCUUACGGUGCACUCUUUGCUGGCAGCGACACCACUGCCAUCGCCUUUCGCUCCCUGUUCUAUCACCUGAUGCACAAUCCGGAGGCGUACCGUAAGCUGGAGGCCGAGGUUGACCAAGCCGUCAAUGAGGGUCGUCUCAGCAUGCCUCCCACAUACAAAGAGGCGAGCCAACUUCCCUACCUUUGCGCGUGCAUAAAGGAGGCUCUUCGUAUCCAUCCUGGUGCCCAGCUAUCUCUGCCUCGUAUUGUGCCCUCUCAGGGCAUGACGCUCUGUGGACAGUUCAUCCCGGGUGGCUAUGUUGUUGGCAUCAACGCCGCCGUGCUGCACUUUGAUAAGAAAGUAUUUGGUGCAGACGCAGAAAGUUUCAACCCUGACCGCUGGAUGGAUCAGUCUCGUGCCAACUACAUGGACAAGUUCAUGAUGGCCUUUGGCGGCGGCACACGUACGUGCUUGGGCAAGAACAUUGCCUUGAUUGAGCUGCACAAGCUUUCUCCUCAGUUGGUGUGGAAUUAUCGGUUUGAAUUCUACGAUCAAGCCAAGACUCAGUGGCACACCAGAAACACCUUCUUUGCCAGACAAGAAGGCGUGGUCGCGCGAGUCAAGCGUAGGAACCACUGA